GCAUCAGAACUUCUAAUUGUUUCAAGAACUGAAGAGUACGGUUAUAUGAUUGUAUUAUACCCUCAUAACAUCCUUUCUCAUACGCGGGGUGAGAAUAGCACUUGGUGGAAAGACAGCUCUAUUGGAUCAGAACCUCCCUCAGUAUUCAUGUUCCAGCUCUCGCAUCAAGACCGAAAACCUGUCCUGGCAACAAAGACUGUAGAAAUAUUCUACUUUGACAUGUCACUACUCUCUUUGACGGCAAGGAUGGAGCCUCAUGACUCCACUCGUGCCGACGGAUAGUUUAAGUCAGGCCUCAGACUCUGCCUCGCUCCAUGGACUGCACAAGCCAAACAAGAGCCCUCCAUGAUCCACCACCCUAAUCUGCAUUUCUCACGGCAACGUAACUAAAGACGAGGACUGCUGCAGUCCGUGAAAUGACGAAGACUCAAGCUUUUUAUCUGUCAAAUCUUCUAUGACCAAGGAGUCGACCGUUGGUAAAGCCCAUCACUUGGCUGAAUCCGGCUCGCUCUCAACAUUCCUAGAAAACUCGUGGAAAGUUUGAGCGUGGACUCUGAUGGGCGAUAUCUGUGCAGUGGAGGAUGUCGAUUUGUUUGCUUUGCUUCUUUGACAGAAUGCUUUGAUGCUUUGCUUCAAUUAUCCUCAAAAGACUUAUCAGCUGCCCUUCUGCAUUGCUUUGAGAUUUAUAAGACUGGCUGAAAGAGAAUACUGCCAUGCAGUUUUCCAAUUUGUCUUUUCUGCAUUGUUUUGCUGCGUUUGGCUCUUACCACCUGUUGUCGGGGGAUUGCUCACGUUAUCAAUCCCUGCGAUUCGAUUGGUCGAGAUGAGGCCAAUGUUGUACGCCCUUAUCAAACUCAUUCACAGUGGUGAGGAGCGCGACAAGAUGAAAGUGAGAACCAAGUACCACUCAUAGUCGUAUUGAUAAGCACAUUUCCUGUCUCGGAUGCGUAAAGCAUGCAGCUGGUAGUUUAGAUAGGGGAAAUUCUGCCCCCUUCCAUCACCGCAAUCACAAGAAAGCGGUCCCUGAGGUUAUGCGCGCCCCGAUGCCGGCUGCCACCGUAAAUACUUGAUUUCCAGCCUUUGUUGAUAACUAUCCCAAAGGGGAAUGGCCCUGUACUUGAGUGCCCCCACGUUUCUCGGGAGUGUAUAGCUUCUUGGUGGGGGUCAGAUGUAUUAGAGGUUCGGUCUGUUUCAAUUUAAAUUUCAAGUGCAAGAACACGACGUCUCUCUACACGCCGACAGAUCGAGAUUUUACUCUCGCACACUGUUCCCAUGGAGCGUCCAAAAGUCGAACAAGAGAUGGAGGUUGCUCCCGCAAAACGUCCCUCUAAAUCACAGCUCUUCGUUACCCGCUGUCUUGGUCGUGCAAGCUUGAUCAAGGCCAAGGUUCUUUCUGUUCUGCCGGGUGCUGAGGUCUUUGACAGGAUCUACAACAGGGUCUACAGCUACAUGAACCGUUUUGAAUUCUUACAAUUGCAUUGGUUUGCAUUCCUGUUUUGGUCUCUCUUCUCUUCUCUUCUGCACUUUGGGUUCCAGGGCACGAAGCGCACUCACACUUACCUCAACUGUCUCUUCUUUGCUGUUUCGGCUAUCACGGUCACUGGCCUUGCGCCAGAGAACGUCUCCACCCUCAAUACCUUCCAGCAGAUUCUGAUGUGCAUCAGUUUCAUCCUUGGAAGCUCACCCCUUAUUGGCAUCGUGGUUUUGACUGUUCGAAGACGAUCCAUGGAAGACUCUUACGGCGAGAUCAUCGACAAUGGUCGCAGACAAGAGCAGGCUAAUAGGAUAGCUUCACAGGGCCCGCAACCUUCCAUCGAACUAGCCACUGAAAGUCCUGAAAAUGCGACGAAGAAUGGCGAAGCAUCCGCUACCGGAACCCUGUCAUCGUAUACAAUACGAACAGCAACGGUUGCUUCGAAUUUAAUGGUUUACUGGCGUGAAUUCCUUAGUAAGGCCACAGUCGGUAGGAAUGCUACGUUUCACGGCCUUUCUCGAUCCCAGCGAGAAUCAGUGGUCUGCGCCGAGUACCUGUCCAUCAGCUUGCUGCGUCGUGUGGUUGCUUGCUAUGCCAUGAUUCUGCAACUGUUGGGUGCUAUUGCUCUGGCUAUAUUCUUUCAACUCUACGAAGCGGAUGUCAUCGCUCGCGAUGGUGUUAAUCCAAUUGCCCUUGGCAUUUUCAACUCUAUCUCGGCCUUCAACAAUGCAGGAAUGAGUCUUAUGAAUAACUCAAUGAUGCCUUUUAAGACCUCUCCAUUCCCUGUCCUUGUGAUGAGUAUCCUUAUGUUAGCUGGCAAUACUGGAUUCCCGAUCUUCCUGAGACUUACCUUGUGGAUAAUGUUAAAAGUGCUGCCUCGAAGCUCCAAGUAUGACAAAACUCGAGCUACUAUUACCUACACUUUAAAAUAUCCUCGCCGAGUUUAUACACAUUUGUUCCCCCCUCGAGAAACACUCUUCCUGCUUAUUGGAUUGUUGUUUUUGAAUGGUGUGGACUGGGUAGCAUUUGAAACGUCUGCUAGAGAUCUUCCUGAGCUCAAGAACUUGCCAUUGGGCAAUAAAAGUUUGGAUGGAUUGUUCCAAUCUCUUUCUGUAAGAUGCAGUGGAUUCAACAUUGUCUCAGUCUCCGAUCUCUCGUCUGGUCUUUUGACUCUCUACAUUGGCAUGAUGUACAUCUCCGCAUUUCCAGUCACAAUUAUGAUUCGAAGCUCGAAUGUAUACGAAGAAAGGUCUCUUGGCAUCUACACUCCCAGCAAGCCAAUCGAUCUCGAGGAGAACAGCUCACCCAUCGUCACCAAAGGUUUCAGAGGACGAUUCUACUACAUAACCCAACAAGUUCGGACCCAAGUAAGCCACGACGCCUGGUCUAUCAUGUUAGCUUUGGUCGCGAUUACCUUCAUCGAGGGUGGCAGGAACUCCCCAUUAAAUUUCAACGUAUUUCCUGGUAUCUUCGAAGUUUUCUCUGCGUAUGCGAACAUUGGUUUGAGUAUGGGCCUCUCAGACCAGUCCUACUCUCUCAGCGGCUCUUGGCAUUGGUUCAGCAAAGUCUGCCUGUUGUAUCUCAUGCUCCAAGGACGUCAUAGACCCUUGCCGAACUCUAUCGAUCGUGCCAUCCAGCUUCCCGACAAGAAUCUUGGCUCCAGAGAGGAGGCCGACGAGAGGGAACGAGAGCGCGAGCUUGAGCGUGAGCUCGAGGCGUUGGAGAGGGAACGUGGGGAGCAAAAGCGCGAUUGAUACUAGUUACGAUAAGCUGGAGUUGGUUGUCGGCAUGUGAUGGGACUUGAUCUGUUUUUGCACUGAAUGCUAAACUCAGAAAUAAUAAUUGUUGUGGUUACUCGUGUUUAACCUCGCUUCAGCGACUUUAAGAUCUGUAGGUAAUGCGACUGGAC